UCCCUCAGUCUCGACCAAGCUGCCGCUCCUCUUCUCCGUCUCUCUCUAUGUCUGCUUCUCUUCUCUCAAACCAAGCUGCCGCUCCUCUUCUCCGUCUCUCUCUGGAUUGUCCGUUGCUAGCCUUAGCAUGUCAUCAUUACAUGAUCCAUGGGCCAACAAUGUGACCCGACAUAAAGGACACCUUCUAUCACCUGAGUCAUUGAAGGAUGCUCUCGAUGGUGUCACGUCUGUUAUAUCCUGUGUUGGUGGGUUUGGCUCCAAUUCUUACAUGUAUAAGAUUAAUGGGACUGCUAAUAUAAAUGCAAUUAGAGCUGCUUCUGAACAAGGUGUGAAACGAUUUGUGUAUGUCUCUACUGCUGAUUUUGGUGUGGUAAAUUACUUACUGCGAGGAUAUUAUAAGGGGAAGAGAGCUGCAGCAACAGAGCUACUAACCAAAUUCCCUUAUGGAGGACUAGAAGCGUCUGGAUUUAUAACUGGAGUGAAUCAAUUAUUAUCUGAAGGAUUGACGUGUGAGCUGCCACUAUCUUACAAAUUUGCCGGCACCAACCAACUCAAGUCCUUCUACGUUCCAAUGAUCAUUUAAUAUGUGAAGCCUUCAUUGGUGUUAUGUUUUAAUUUUUGGCUUAUGUUUCGAACUUCUAAUUUGGUUUGUAAUUUAAUUAUCAAUUUUUACAUUGGGUUGUAUAAUUCUUAAGAUUGUAUGUUCGGAUUGGAUAACCAUGUUUUGUAUGUUUGGAUUGGAUGACCACAUUUUGUAUUUGGAAGUUAAAAUGCACAUGCUUGGGAUGUAGAAAUUAUUUAAGUUUAUGCCAAAUUUGUACAGGAAUCUGAA